AAUUUGAAGACAUUGACAAUGAAGAUAAUGAAGAUCAAAUAUCCAAUGCAAUGUUUGCACCUAAGAAUACUUCUAUUGUAAGUUUUGAUCAAAAAAGCAACAAUUAUGGUCUUGGAUUUAAUCCGUUCGAGAAUGCUCCAGAAUUUGUUGUACAAUCAAGUAUUAAUAAAGGAACCGGUGUUUUUGAUGAAGAAGAUGAUGAUGUGUAUGGAGGAACAUCAAUGUCUGAAUUUCAUACUUCGUUAAUGGAUGAGGAUGACGAAGAUACCAUACUACCUGCAGAAUACGUUCCUCUUCAUGAGUUUAACACUGAAAACCAAUAUGUCCAAGAUGCAAAUAAAAAAAAUAUAAGACAAAAACAGACUACAUUAGCGAUUGUUGCGGAACAGCGUGGCGCAUUACUAGGUGAAACGCCUUUAAAUGCACCUGCACGUUCUGUAUUUGAUUAUGUGUCUCGAAAAGAUAAAGAAAGAUUAGAUAGUAUAAUUCGACCAGUAAUUGAUACAUUAGGUGACAAAAACACUAAUAAACCUCCUGAAGUUAAAAUUCCAAAGAUAGAAAAAGAUGUUGCUUUGGCUGCUUUGAAAGGGUUUAUUCCUUUCGAGGAUAAUAAGAAAAAACAAGCGAGAUACAAAAAAUAUUUAGAAAUUCAUGCAGAGUUAAUAGCUCCUGAAUUGUUAAAACAACCAGAGGAAUUAACUGCAGAUGAAUUUUCAAAAGAGCUAGAUGAAUUUUCUCAAGCGGCAAGAAUAUUUCGUCCAAUGUCAAAAAUGAUUGCAUCACGGUUCGUUACCAGUACAUCACCUGCUGAAGAAUUCAAACAGCCUACUCCUGGUCUAAGAGCCGGCGCUGGUGCUGGAGAUGAUUUAAAUAUUACCCCAAUUAAGCAGAAAGACACAAGUCAACUUAACAAUGAAUCAACCGCAGAGGCUGCGGCAAGAAUGAAUAUGUUUGAUCAUGUACAAAAUUCAACCUCUGGUAAGACCCAAAAGGGUCAGAAAGAAGCACUCAGCAAAGAGACGAUGAAUGAAAUUCUCAAUAAGCAAGAUGCGCAAAAUUUCCCAGGAAUUAGUGCACCUGUGUCCGUAUCCGAGACGAAUGAUAUUGAUCAAAAACCGUAUACACGCCCUGCGAUGGAACUAUUUAAAUCCAUUUUUGGUGAUUCAGGCUCAGAAGACGAUGAUGAAGACGCUCCAAAACAUAAAAAACCCCCAAAUCUAGUAAUUGGCGAUUCGGAGCCUCAAGAUAUGAUCAGAGACAAACCACCAACACCUAUUUCACAUAAUAUAGAUGAAGAUGUUAGUGCUACACCGUUUAGACCAAUGUUUAAAAAGAAAUCCGAUCGUGCAGGUGGGGAUAUACCUUCAGCUGAAAUAGUGAAAAUCAAAUCAGAAUCUAGUUCAUCAAAGAGCAAGAACCAAAAUAUGAAAGGAACGUUAUCAUUCGACGAUGACUCGUUCAUUGGACCAACUAAUUCCCGAAAAAAGAAGAAACGAUCACACAAGAAUGAAAGUGAUGAGGAUGAAAAAGAGAAAAAACAUAAGAAAAAGAAGAAAAAACAUAAAUCUGACGAAAUAUCGAAUGAAAGCGAUGAGGAUGAAAAAGAAAAGAAACAUAAGAAAAAGAAGAAAAAAUAUAAAGCUGACGAAAUAUCUAAUGAAAGCGAUGAGGAUGAAAAAGAAAGAAAACAUAAGAAGAAAAAGAAUAAAGCUGACGAAAUACCGAAUAAAGCUGAUGAAACACUAAAUAAAUCUAAUGAAAGAUCAUAUAAACGCGAUUUGAUCAAUAUUCAAA